AUGAAGACCACGGAAGGCAAAGUAGUUUGGUGUGAGGGUGAUGAAGAAUCCGGUCACGGUCUCCGCGAGGGACGGGGAACCGCGGAACGCCCUCAAUGGCGGUCUCGUUCUUCCAGCCGCCACAGAAUCAUUGAGCCCGCUACAGAUCUCCCCAUCAUUUACCGUACCAUACCUUGUGUCUCGAUCCUGGAUAUAGGGUUGACUAAUGGAAAUGGAUGCAGCUCUCAAGACAUUGAAGAGGCCGAGAGAGCCAAACAGACCGAGCGCGCCAAGGCGAUAGAUGCAGUGGUUUUAAGUACAACAUCUUUCCAUGAAUCUCACAUGUACUGA